UCAUCUCUCUCCAACCACGGUGCGCGUGAAUCUCGCGAUUUAAAGCCCAGUUCCCCUCCGACAUUCGCCAUCUUACCUCCCCGUUCUCUCUCUCUCUCUCUACCAUUCUCCGCGGGAACAAACUCUCACGCCGUUUCCCAGAUCUCGUCCUUGCUCUAUCCUUACCAUUCCCCGCCACUCCCGACAGCGCUGUCCCCGGAACUCCGAUGCCCGCGGGGCUCCACACCGCCGCCUUCCCCUCUCACUCCCCCCUCCCGCAUCCCUUCCACCAAGCCUGAAAUUUCCAUUUCUCCUGAUUUCUCUGUUUUUUUUGGUGUUUCUCUUAUAUCUUGUAUGCGAUUAUAAGUCGACUAUUUUCCAGAGGAGCUCUGUACUCGUUUUUCUAUAUCUUUUUUUUUACAGUUACUUUUGUAAUCAUGAAAUCAUCCACUUUUUCAGUGAUUUUUAUGCAUAUAACUAUUUAAAUUACAUACAAAUCAUACAUUUCAUGAUUUUUUCUCCAUUGUAAUAAUUUCACCAUAAUUAAUUUGUUCUUAUAUCUAUUCAUUUUUAUAGAAUAUAUAAAUAAAAUCGUGAAGCGAAUCAGAUCUAUUUAAGUUCUCCGGCGUCUGCGAGGGAAUUAAUGGCUGAAGGGCCGGCGGUGAAACCGGUGCUCCAGAAGCCGCCGGGCUACCGAGACCCGGCGGCGCCGCGGCCGGUGGCCCCGAAGCCCCCGCCGCGGCGGCCACAGCUCCCCCCAACCUUCCGGCAGCCUGGGAAGGCCCCCCGCCGCCGGCGCAGGCACUUCUCCUGCUGCCGCCUCUGCUGCUGGCUUCUCGCCCUCGCCCUCGCCCUCGCCUUCCUCCUCACCGUCGCCGGCGGUGUUGCCUACCUCUGGUUCCAGCCCCGCCUCCCCUCCUUCCGCCUCCAGUCCGUCCAGGCCUCGCGGUUCCGCGUCGCCACCAGAUCCGACGGUACCUUCCUCGACGCCACCACAGCCGUCCGGAUCCUAGCCUCGAAUCCCAAUGGUAAGAUCGGGCUUGCGUAUGGCGACGGGGAGGGGCGGGUGACGCUGGUGGACGACGACGGCGAUGUGGAUGUGGGGACGGCGGCGAUCGCCGGAUUCGUGCAGAGGAAGAAGAAUGCGACGGUGGUGAGGUUCUUGGCGAGCGCGAAGGGAGUGAUGGUGGACGACGCGGUGGGGUCCAGGCUGAAGGCCCGGUUCAGGAACAAGGAGAUCCGGUUCGCCGUAGAGGUCCGGACGAAGCUCGGGUUUCGGGUGGCCGGUAAGACUACCGGGAAGGUGCCGAUCCGGGUUCUUUGCGGAGCGGUGAGUUUAAGACAAGUGGAGGGUGGCCGGUUGUUGCCCAGGUGCCGCAUCAACCUUCUCAGAUGGUGAGUUCUUUUCCCAUUUUUUUUUUUUUUAGUUUUUA